UCAAACACCAGCUGGCUGCGCACUGGCCAAUCACAGCGCUUGUUGGACGCACCGUUUUCAAACGUGCUACGUGUAUGCGAUGCGUUUAUAAAACAAUUUACGUGCCGAAGAUUCAACCUGUUUUUAUAACUUUUUGUGGAUUCUAAUGUUAAAAUGUCGUCAAAGAGAUGCCGAGAGAGUAUGAAGCUAGAGGUAGCCGAGUGCCUGGAGCACUCCUUGGAGCAGCUGCGUGACAUCUGGGAUGAAAUCGGCAUCUGUGAGGAGCAACGGGUUGAACGGCAGAACGUGGUGUUGCACCACAUGCGCAACCUGCUGAGUGAGAUGGUGUCUGAGGAGAGAGACCUACGACGGAGACUGCUGGCCAGCGUAGAGAACUGUGGUCAGGAAGUGGUCACCAUCAGCAAGGAGCUGGGCCUUCAACCCUUCCAGCCUGAGGAAGGACUGACCAUUCUGCAACUGGAGAAGUCCCUACGUCAGAAGGUGGAGAGCUUGAACAAGGAGAAGUCUGAACGUAUGGCCAAGCUCAAGCAAUUGAAAGACAGGGAGCAACACCUGUGUGAUCUGCUCUGCACCACUCCUUACUACAUCCCCAGUGGUACAGUGCCCACGACAGAGCAGCUGGAGACACUGAAAGACCACAUCCAGACACUGACCACAGAGAAGGAGUCAAGACAGCAGAUCUUAAGCGGCACCAAGAAAAAGAUCAUCUCCCUUCUAGCGGACCUUGAGCAGGGGCCCAACACAUCCUUUGAGCGAGACAUCGUCUGCGAGGAAGAAGACUCCUUUCUCCUUUCCAAGGAAAACAUGGAGGCCCUCAGAGUUUUACAUCAAGAGUUGGAAUUUAAACAGAAGGAGAAUCAGGGAAUUGCUGAUCAUCUGCGAGAGCAAAUUGCCAGCCUGUGGAACCGGCUGUUGUACCCUGCCGAGGAAAGAGAUGAAUACUUAGCCAGCCACCAAGGCUACAAACCCUCAGACAUCAAAGUGCUCCGUGAGGAGUUUGCCCGUCUGGAAGAACUAAAGAUGCAGAACCUGAAGCGAGUGACACAGGCCAGCCGUGAAGAGAUUGCCCUCUGGUGGGACAAGUGUUACUUCAGCAGGCAACAACGCAAUGAAUUCGCUGGCUUUUAUGAUGAUGAGUUUACCGAAGAGCUCCUCCUACAACAUGACGAGGAGCUGGCUAGAGUGAAGGCAUACUAUGAGAAAAACAAGGAGAUCUUAGAAUGCAUCAAGAAGAGAGAGGAAAUGUGGAAGCAAAUGCUGGAGUUUGAGAAAAGGGCCAAUGAUCCUAAUCGUUACAACAACAGAGGAGGUAACCUUCUCCAAGAAGAGAAAGAAAGAAAGAAGAUCAACAGAGACCUCCCCAAGUUGGAGAAGAUUUUGGCAGAGCAGAUCAGCAGCUAUGAAGAGAAGACGGGAGCACCGUUCUUGGUGGAUGGUUGCCGAUUUAUGGACUACGUCCAAAUGCAGUGGGCUGCCCACGAACAGGAGAAGCAACUACGGAAAGAAGAACGGAUCAAAGCAAAGCAUCUGCAGACUGAGAACGAGAUGACAUUUGGCAGUAAGCCAAACACACCUGCCAAGAGGCGAAACCCAAAUUGCUCCAAGACACCAAACAAAAGGUUGAAAGGGCUGAAUGGGACAUCUUAUGCCCCCUCACCCAGACUAGGGGUGACUCACAGCAGCAUCAUGCCCUCUCCUUCCCCGGCCCGACGUCCCCCAAGGGCUUGCAAGGCCACACCCUCAAACAACAAGACAACCACCCCUCAUGCUGCACCUGCACCAUGCACUUACAUCCCUCACAUACCCUUCCCUUCCCCUUCCUCCAUACGCCGUCCUCCUAAAAGCCUCCAGCAGAAAAAGACCCCCAAACGAGUGUUGAGACCCACAGGAGCCCGUUUGGCCCAUCGCAAGGCUCUGGCUGAAAGGAACGCUGACAUGAGCCAUGCCUUCAGCACCAGCACCAUCAGCGGGGGCCAUCACGGUCCAGUGAACUCCAACAUGUCCAUCACAUCGGCCUGCUCCUCCUACUCCGACUUUGCUAGAGAGUUUGAUGCCAAACGGAAAAACAACUGUCGUAGUAGUUCUGCCUCUAGCCCAACUAGUCUGUCAUCCAGCCGAUCUCGCAUCACCCUGCUCUAAGCUUCAGUUGGCUUGCCGUCAGAAUGACAUCAAAGUUGAGCAACCAGUACUUGGUAAUGCUUGAGGCUCAGUUUAUAUGCCAGUUUUCCUGCAAAUUGCGUAGUUUGGGCAAAAAGAAUACCAGUAGUGCUCUUUAUAAAUUGCGCAAAAUCUUAGCACUGUGGACAGCCCUGUUUUUCCCCAAAUUUAAACAGACAUUGUGAAAUCUUUACAUAAUUAUAGAGUCUAUGUAUGGGUCUGCCGCCUUACCAUUAAUGUUUUCUCCAGUGUUUACUCCAAUAUUGAAAUAUUGUCACUCCAAAAAAUUUGUGCAUGUAUUACUUUGUCUUUGACAAUUUAAACGUUCCCUUGAUUAAAAAUAACAAACACGAGACUGCGUUUAUGAGGAAGCCAUGAACCAACAGUCCAACGUUAACAUUUUCUCAUACAUGUAGACAGCAUUGGCAUGGACGCAACAGUAUUGAAUAUGUCUGUCAUGUUAGUCUCUGCCGGGGAAGGGGAAUACCCUGCACUGCUUUACAUACUCCAAUGACUCCUGACCCCUCAUUCCAGUCCACUGAAGUGCCACCCCCACAAGGCACCUUUUUAUUUCAACUGCAAGGGUCACAUCAAAUGGUCACUUGGCCUAACUCCAGCUAUAGCAAAAGAUCUUACGACAUCGAUGUUUCCACCUACAUGUACAGUAUUACUGAAAUGUUCCAUUCCCCCAGAUGCGGCAGUAACCCUGCCAAAAAAAAAUCACAAAGUAUUUUCUGAUCCUUGGUGUACAGUCUGCCAAGGUGAUCACUGAAUUCUGAAAGAUAGUGCUGCCACACUUUUCUCUCAUGGCCAAAGGAAAUAGAUUUACUGCUUCCCAGACUAGAUCAAUGUAAUUUUUUUUUGCUGUAAAUUCUACGUCAUUUAUUAUUAUUUUUGGUUUUGUUUAAAAUUAACCUCUUCCUGUACAUAGCUUGUAAGCUUUUAUCUGUUUUAAAGGAUGGAAUCUUUUUGUGUGUAAUAAUAGGAUUGAGUUGACAGGUAGAAAGAUCCAAAUUGUCCCUCAAAGCAUGGGACAGAUGCAAACUGACCAAGUCUAAAUGCUUAGUAACAUCAAACCAAGAUCGGGGUUGUCAACAAGAGCACUGUAAAAUAUCAGAACAACAUUGUUGCAGUCGAAGUCAGUUAGGAGAGAAUAUUUCUAACUGCUUGGGCAUGGACCAUGCCCUACUUAACACAGGUCUUGUUUUUUCUUGCUUGUUUCACUUUCUUUCAUUCAAUGUAAACCCAAAGACGGAAUCAGUUGUACAUGUACAUAGAAAUAAAAGUCAAGACACCGACUCUGUGCCCUUGAUCUGCUAUAUAGUCCCACUUACAAUUUGUAUGGUGCACAAAACAAAUUGCAAUGUACAUGUACCUGCAGGUGCUUAUUUAUCAACUGCCCAGAGUUUGAGCCUCCAACUUUUGUACAUAGUAUGUUUUUUUUAGAACUGGUAGUGUUGUACAGCACGAUAGCUAGGGAGCCAAUAAAUGAUUCGCCUUUACAACAGA